CCACCUCCUGCUCAUCUUCAUCCUUCCCAUUGUAAUCGCAACCUGUUUGGCUUUGAUUGGCCAUGGAAGCCAAGGGCGAGUCCCCCGUGCCGGAGGCGAAUGUCCUCGCCAUGGAUGCCAUCAGCAAGGAAACUGUUGACCUGGAGCACAUUCCUGUGGAGGAGGUUUUCGAGCAUCUCAAAUGCACUAAAGAGGGUCUGACCACAGAAGGUGCCCAGCAGAGGAUCGACAUCUUUGGCUACAACAAGCUCGAAGAGAAACAUGAGAGCAAAGUUCUCAAGUUCCUAGGCUUUAUGUGGAAUCCACUCUCAUGGGUGAUGGAGGCAGCUGCCAUCAUGGCUAUUGCCCUUGCGCAUGGAGGAAGAGAUAUCCGGGGAAAUAAAAUGAGUGUCGACUACCACGAUUUCGUCGGGAUUGUGGUGCUGCUAGUUAUUAACUCUACCAUUAGCUUCGUAGAGGAGAAUAACGCUGGCAACGCUGCUGCUGCGCUUAUGGCUCGCCUCGCGCCAAAGGCUAAGGCUCUAAGAGAUGGUACCUGGAACGAAUUAGACGCAUCUUUCUUGGUUCCUGGUGAUAUAAUCAGUAUUAAACUUGGAGAUAUCAUUCCUGCGGAUGCACGCCUUCUCCAGGGAGAUCCACUCAAAAUUGAUCAGUCUGCGUUGACAGGAGAAUCACUACCUGUAACUAAGCAUCCUGGAUCUGGAGUAUACUCUGGUUCGACUUGUAAGCAAGGUGAAAUAGAAGCAGUUGUUAUCGCCACUGGGAUCCAUACUUUCUUUGGGAAGGCAGCUCAUCUCGUUGAGUCAACUACUCAUGUUGGCCACUUUCAAAAGGUUCUGACAUCAAUUGGAAACUUCUGCAUUUGCUCCAUUGCUGUUGGGAUGACCAUUGAGUUAAUUGUAAUGUAUGCUAUCCAUUCGAGGACUUACCGCCCAAUCAUUGAUAACCUUCUUGUGCUUCUCAUUGGAGGGAUUCCAAUCGCCAUGCCUACGGUUUUGUCUGUUACUAUGGCAAUUGGAUCACAUAAACUGGCACAACAGGGUGCUAUUACCAAGAGAAUGACUGCAAUCGAAGAAAUGGCUGGAAUGGAUGUGCUUUGUAGUGAUAAAACAGGAACACUGACACUUAACAAACUUACUGUAGACAAUAAUUUAAUCGAGGUUUUUGCAAGAGGUGUUGAAAAAGAUGAUGUUGUCUUGAUGGCAGCAAGGGCUUCAAGACUGGAGAAUCAAGAUGCUAUCGAUUUCGCUAUUGUUGCAAUGUUGCCAGACCCAAAAGAGGCACGUGCUGGCAUUGAAGAAGUCCACUUCCUUCCAUUUAACCCAACGGACAAGAGGACAGCUCUCACAUACUUGGAUGCUGAGGGUAAAAUGCACAGGGUUAGCAAAGGUGCUCCUGAACAGAUUCUGAACCUAGCAUCAAAUAAGUCCGAGAUUGAAAGAAAGGUGCAUCAUGUAAUUGACAGUUUUGCUGAGAGAGGUCUGCGGUCACUUGCUGUUGCACGUCAGGAAGUUCCUGAAGGUACCAAGGAAAGUCCUGGUGGACCUUGGCAAUUCAUUGGUCUUCUUCCACUUUUUGAUCCUCCCCGCCAUGAUAGUGCUGAAACUAUACGCCGAGCUCUUGAUCUUGGAGUCAGUGUAAAAAUGAUUACAGGUGAUCAGUUGGCUAUCGGUAAGGAAACUGGACGGAGGCUAGGAAUGGGCACAAACAUGUAUCCUUCGUCAUCUUUGCUGGGUGACAAAUUAGAUGGUGAUAUCGCAGUCCUGCCAGUGGACGAAUUGAUUGAGCAAGCAGAUGGGUUUGCUGGAGUAUUCCCUGAGCACAAAUAUGAAAUUGUGCAGAGGCUGCAAGCCAGAAAGCACAUAUGUGGGAUGACUGGAGAUGGAGUUAAUGAUGCGCCUGCUCUGAAGAAAGCAGACAUUGGAAUUGCCGUGGCUGAUGCAACUGAUGCUGCACGAGGUGCCUCUGACAUAGUUCUGACAGAACCUGGAUUGAGUGUGAUCAUCAGUGCUGUACUAACCAGUCGUGCAAUUUUUCAGAGGAUGAAGAAUUAUACAAUAUACGCUGUAUCUAUAACCAUUCGUAUUGUGCUUGGUUUCUUGCUCUUGGCAUGCUUUUGGAAGUUUGACUUUCCUCCAAUGAUGGUUCUUCUGAUAGCUAUUCUCAAUGAUGGAACCAUUAUGACCAUAUCCAAAGACAAGGUCAAGCCAUCUCCCCAUCCAGACAGUUGGAAGCUAGCAGAGAUCUUUGCAACUGGAGUGGUACUGGGGGCUUAUUUGGCCGUAACAACCGUGCUGUUCUUUUGGGCAGCUUAUAAGACUGAGUUUUUUGUGAAUAUCUUCAAGAUUCCCACUCUGAAUAUAAAUAACAUUGGCCAAGACAGCGAAACGGUUGCUAAAAACACAGAGAAAUUGGCUUCUGCAGUUUAUCUUCAAGUGAGCACCAUUAGUCAGGCUUUGAUAUUUGUGACACGGUCGAGAGGUUGGUCCUUCUUAGAGAGACCUGGUCUUCUGCUUAUGGUUGCAUUUGUCAUAGCUCAGCUGAUUGCCACCGUAUUAGCUGCUAUCGUGACCUGGGAGCUUGCUAGCAUCAGAGGUAUUGGAUGGGGCUGGACAGGUGCUAUUUGGGUGUACAACAUUAUCAUCUAUCUCCUUCUAGAUCCAAUUAAAUUUGCCGUGCGUUAUUGCCUUAGCGGGAGAGCUUGGAACCUUGUCAUCGAUAAGAAGGUAGCGUUUUCAAACCGGAAGGAUUUCGGGAGGGAAACUCGCGAGGCUGCUUGGGCCCAUGAGCAGCGCACGCUGCACGGUCUACAGUCUGCAGGGCGAGAGAAAGCAGCAUCCGUGGAGCUGGGGCAGAUGGCAGAAGAGACUAAACGGCGUGCUGAGGUUGCAAGGUUGAGGGAAUUGCGCACCCUGAAAGGGAAGGUGGAGUCUGUUGCCAAACUCAAAGGAAUUGACCUGGACGACAUCAACAACCAACACUACACCGUCUAAUUAACCAAUCAAUUAGCUGCCCUCAUCCUGUUCUUGUUAUAACGAAAUUAUGUUAUGUUCCAGCAUUGAUUUGUGAUGAUACAAUGAAGUUUGCAAUAAAACUGAGGAGUUUAAGAGUUGUGUAUGUAUCUGGAGAAUAAUGCAAGCUGUUUAUUUUGGUUGAGUGUAGGUGUUGCUUGUGACUGUCACUCGCCUUAGUCUUGCCCUCAAAUGAAGUGAAGUAUGAUGAAGUUUUUC